AAUGCGUAUUGCGAACGGAUCCAUUUUAUCAUUUGACGCCGUCGGCAGUUUCGAAGCUUCGUCAGUUGAUUGGGCUUGAGGAGAUGAUGCUGAAUCUGCGCAGCGGGUUCACAAAGAAACUGCUUCUCCUUAGAGAUGAAAAGGCAACAUUGUGCAAGUCCCUUAAUGUUCUUCUGCAUCGAAUACGGGAGAUCAAUGAUGUAAUGAAGGAGGAAAACACUCAGUCAGCGGAUGUUCACCUCUUGCCGAUUGAGAUGCCGGAGCAACGCUUUGCCAUUGACCGGGAUGGCCUUGACGCCUUUGUAAGGCAGCGGCAGUUGGAAAAAAUGCGGGAGGACUUGGCAAAGAAGGCCCAGCGUGGGUUUGGUGCCGAUCUUGCGGGAACCCAGACGUCCGCAAAGAAUGAGCUGGUGACCACCGUGACCUCCACUGAAAAGGGAGAGAUCCAGAAAAACACCCCCAGUCAAUUUUCGAUUUUUGAAACCCCUUCAAGUGGGCAUCGUCGGGGGAAAAACCAGACGGUGACAUCCAUCCAUAAAGCCUCGCGGGGGUACAGCACGGCCGUUCUUGCGGCAGCUGCUGUUCGCGAACGCAUGGACUACGAGCUGCGUGUCAAACUAGAGAAUGUUAAGCUCACAGAAGCAGAGGAGGAGGAGCAACAGAUGGAAAGACAACGACUGGUUGCCGAGCGCAAGCGUCUCCAGUGCCGUGUGGAUUCGAUGAUGCAUGCAUUCGACCAGCGUCUUUGGAAAUUGUAUGAGGAGCGUGCUGAGGUGGACGCUGAUCUCUGCCUCGCUGAUGCCCGUUCCUUAUUGAUGCUUCAUGAGUAUCAAAUUCUUCUUGUGUUCCGGCAAAAGGACCGUGAAUUACGGCUGCAAUAUGAGGAGACAAAGCGGUCCCACGAAGAACGGAACAAGGAAAUGGUGGAACUACAGAAAGGGAUAGGGGAGCAGGCGGCUCUGAUUGAAAAGUUGCAGGAGAAGAACAAAGCCUUCCGUCACGAAGGGGAGUACUUCAUCGAGUCUAACUUCCCUGCGGAGCAUGUGCCAUAUGUCACCAAGGUGUUUUUGCGACAGAUUAAGCGGCGGAAACAUCUUGGCGAUGUUGCUUCAGAUGAUGAUGAUAUCACAAGCGAUGACGACGAUGAGGAUGUGAACGAGGAUGACCUCUGGGAGGAAGCGUGUCCUUCCAACUGCUCGGCGGAUCGUUGGCAGGAGGUGCUCGCGAUGCGAGAGAAGCGGCUUGACUACGUGGAUGCCAUCUCAGAAGGGCGACGGAAGCAGGAACAAAUGCAGCGUCGUAUCGAGGAACACAAGCAACUGUCGGAGGAACUUAACAACGCCUUAUCCUUGUCGCUGCAGGCGAUUGAAGACUUCAAGGGCGAGAAGCGUAAACAGCUGAAUAUGCUGCACACGCUUGUGGCCUUGCGUUGCAGUCAAGUGCAGUGUCUCGAAGAGGAUGAGAAGUGCCCUGACACAUUCUGUCGUGACGAUCUUGUUGUCGUCUCUGACCAUGCGCUGGCGAAGCUGCGCCAUAGGAUUGAAGAAUUGGCGGAGGAGAAGCGGGAACGUCGGACAAAUUUAAAAGAAAUGAAGCUGAAGCUGCAGCAGCUGCAACGCGAGCGGUUGGCAAAACAGACGUUGCACGCUCAGUGGGAGGAAAAAGUAUACGAGGCGAUGCUGCUGAAAUUCGGGCGUAUUGUGAACUUGGAGCUGCUGGAAUCCAUCAGCGGUUGCAGGGAGGUGGAGGAGCUGAAGGAGCGACUGCGUAUGGAGGAACUUGCCUGGGAGCGGGAGAUUCGAAAGCGCGAGAAGAAAAUUUUAUCACUGCGGGAGACUCUGCAGAGUCGACUUGUGCACAACACCCACCUCCUACACGACCUCGGUGACCAGGAAGACGACCGGCAGGAAGUGGAGCGGUCGCUGUCGCAGGCCACGCAGAAGGUCGUGAGCCGAAUGUAUGACGGCUCGAACGUCGCCACGGCGGAGGACCGACGCAAUCUCAAGUUUCUCAUUGCCGCACAGCAGGAGGAGAUUGACGCCCUGCAAGCGGAAGUUAGUCUGCUGCGCAGCAAAGGUGGAUAUCUCUACACUCCUUCUCCUUCAUUCCCCACAUAA